AUGGAAACUACGGACCAAAUUUUAAGUGAAAUUGAAGAUUUGCACUGUAGUAUUGUUAAAACCCACGAGAACUUUAAAAAGUGUCCAAAGGCACGUCUAACUAAGGGAUAUUUAGAAGCAAAAAUUAACUGCCUGAAUGACUAUUGGAACUCGUUUAAGAAUGCACAUACAAGUUUAAUAAAAUCUGUGCCUAAGGAACAACGAAAACGCUUGGAAUAUUUUAAUAAAGACGUAUACUAUUCGUGUGAAGAAAGUUAUAUGCAAACAAAAGCGGAUAUGAAGGACUUAUUAGAUUCAUUACAUUCUACGGUUAUACAAUCAGCCAGCGUUGGUGAAAAUAAGAUAUUGCAGCGUGAAGUUCCCCAAGUCAAGUUGCCCAGAAUACAAUUACCAUCAUUUUCUGGCAGUUACGAAGAUUGGCCGACGUUUCAAGAUUUAUUUUUAACGCUUGUUGAUAAAAAUGAAACACUCAGUUGUGUUCAAAAACUACACUAUUUAAAGUCUAGUGUUACGGGCGAUGCCGAAAAUUUAUUGAAACAUAUUCAGAUAACCGAAAAUAACUAUAACCAAGCGUGGGAUAUAUUAAAAGGGCGUUAUAGCAACAAACGACUCAUAGUGACCUCUAUUCUAAAACGGAUGUUUAACCAAAAAAAAUUGCAAAGUCAGUCCGCAAGUCAAAUUAAAUCUUUACUUGACACUACGACCGAAUGUCUUAACACCUUGAAAAACCUAGACGUUAUUACUGAACAUUGGGAUCCAUUGGUGAUUUAUCUGGUCGUAAAUAAACUAGAUUUGGAAUCCCAUAAGGAAUGGGAAGAAUUUGUAAGCAAAGAAAUAAACGAUAAGUUGCCCACCUUAAUGACAUUAACAAAAUUUAUGGAAAUGAAAUUUCGAACACUUGAGUUGUUAUCGCCAGGUUCAACAAGGGAUAGAACUACAGUGCGCUCAUAUCAUGUAACAACUACGGAGAAGGUUUGUCCAUUGUGCAACGGGAAUCAUGCACUAUGUCACUGUAAGAGUUUUGGCAAAAUGGAACCCACAAUGAGAAGUGAAUUAGUAAAGACAAAAAACAUAUGUUUCAACUGUCUAAUUCCUGGUCACCCAGUCAAAGCUUGUCGUUCAUCCAGCACAUGCAGGAUUUGUCACAGACGUCAUCACUCUCUUCUUCAUCAUUCACGAGCUACGAGUCCCCAAGGUGAAAAACAAAAGGAAACACAACCGAAGGUUUUACAUACAAAUGUUGAAGAAACAGAAGAACUUCAAGUCAAUACAAUGAUGACGUCACAAGCUCAAGCAAUGAGGAGCACAGUUUUAUUAGGUACAGCAGUAGUUACAGUACGAAGUGAAGAUGGAUACACAACUGCAUUAAGAGCCCUCAUUGACCCGGGAUCACAAGCUUGUUUAAUUAGUGAACGUGCAGCUCAAUCUUUAAAGGCUACAAGGUAUAAAGUUAAGGGAAACAUUAUUGGUGUGGGAUCUGUAAUGUCGAAAAUAAAUCAAGUAGUUCAGGUAGAGGUAAUAUCACAGUAUCAAAGCGAAUUCAGCCUCAAGGUAAAAGCCUAUGUCAUGUCAAAACAACUGACUACUAAAAUCCCCACAAAAUCAAUUGCGUUUUACGAAUGGCCCCAUCUCCAAGGACUUAGGUUAGCAGAUCCAAGUUUCCACACAACAGGAUCUAUUGAUUUGUUGUUAGGAGUAAAUGAAUAUGCACAAAUCUUGCAAAGUGAAGUCAUCAAAGGUCCACCUGGAACACCUUGUGCGCAAAAUACUGCACUGGGUUGGAUAGUAUUCGGGACCGUAAACGACAAUUUACAACAACAAGAACAAACAAUGAUAGUCAUGCAUCAAGUUACUGAAGUAGAUGAUAUGUUAAAAAUGUUAUGGGAAGUAGACCCGACUCCUAAAAGAAGAUUCACGAAGGAUGAAGAGAAAUGUGAAGAAAUAUUUAAGAACACCUAUUCGAGAAAUAGCGAAGGAAGGUACAUAGUUCAAUUACCAUUUAAAGUAGGUAGUCCGAAGUCACAUAAAGGAAACAGCAGAGAAAUAUCAAUGAAAAGAUUUAUACAGUUAGAACAAAAAUUAGAUAAGAUACCAUAUCUUAAAGUAAAAUAUCAGGAGGUCAUGAAAGACUAUCUUACAAUGGGUCACAUGGAAAGGAUUCCCAAACAAGAAACAACCAAGUGCGCAGUUUAUUUGCCUCAUCAUGCUGUAGUACGCACCGACAAAGAAACAACCAAAGUGCGUGUUGUUUUUGACGCUUCAUGUAAGAAUUCUCAAGGAAUAUCUCUUAAUGAUGAGCUCUUGGUAGGACCCGUUUUACAGGAAGAUUUAAGAAGUAUCAUUAUGAGAUGGCGGAUGCACAAAAUUUGUUUCGCAAGUGAUGUCGAAAAAAUGUAUAGGAUGAUAUUGUUAAAAAAGGAACACACAGACUUUCAAAGAAUUUUUUGGAGAGAUGAUUCAUCAAAAUCUAACGAAAUAGAGGAGUUCAGGUUAUUGACAGUUACAUUUGGUACAGCAUCGGCACCAUAUCUAGCUGUCAAAACCUUAUUACAGAUUGCAGACGAUGAAGCCAAAGACUAUCCUAAUGCAGCAAGAACAAUACGUGAAGACUUUUAUGUAGAUGAUUUAAUGUCUGGGUGUGACACUGUUCAACAAGCCAUAGAAGUGUGUAAACAAUUGAAAAUUAUUCUUAACAAGGGCGGCUUCAGACUACAGAAAUGGAUAUCAAAUAAUGCCAAAUUGUUAAGGUCAUUAGAACCAAGUGAAAUAUCAACAAGGGCUAGCCUGAAUAUUAAAAUUGAUGGCACCGUAAAGGCACUCGGCCUGACAUGGAAUUUAGGUGAAGAUGAUUUCCAAUAUACUGUGACUUUACCGCCUGUUCUAACGAACGUCACUAAACGUAAUAUAUUAGCAGAUGUACAAAAAAUGUUUGAUCCUUUAGGAUGGAUAGCACCCGUAAUUAUCAAGGCUAAAAUAUUGAUUCAAAGGCUAUGGUUAGAAGGAGUAAACUGGGAUGACAAAAUAAACGAAGAAUUACGGAAAGAGUGGCUGACAAUACGUUACGAUCUAGAUAAUGUCAAUCAAAUGCGAAUCAAACGUUGGAUUUAUACGAAAACCGCUAAUAAAGAAAAAACAUCACUGCACGGUUUCUGUGAUGCAUCUAUAAAGGCAAUAUCUGCUGUUGUAUAUUGUAGAACAGUAGAUGAAAACGAUAUCGUUCAGACAAGCAUUGUAGCUGCCAGAACCAAGGUAGCUCCGGUAAAAACCAUUUCUUUGCCUCGUCUUGAGUUAUGUGGCGCAACUUUAGUAUCUAAGCUUCUAAAUCACGUGGCUCAAGCGAUGAGAAUACCUUCUACACAAGUUUUUGCGUGGACUGAUUCUUCAGUAGUUUUGGCAUGGCUUAUUGGCGAACCAAAUAGAUGGAAGCCAUUUGUUGCAAAUCGUGUAGUUGAGAUAAUGGAGAAUGUUAAAAAUGGCCAAUGGUACCACGUAAAAACUCAGGACAAUCCAGCGGAUGUUGCGUCAAGAGGUUCCUCUGCUCAAGUUCUUCUCACAAAUCAGUUAUGGUGGCACGGACCACCAUGGUUGUUACAGAAGGAAGUAAUAUUUUCGAGACCUAACAUAAUUUCAACGCAAUUGGAUAAAAAAUUAAUAAAAAUAAAUUUAAAUGUGACACUAAUAAAAAAUGAACAAACAAACCACUUUUUAAACUUUGAAAAUUUUGACUCAUUUGAAGAACUUCUAAAGACAAUUGUAUACAGCAGACGAUUCUUAAAUUUUAAAAGGCGACAGUACAAUGAAAACUGUAUUACAACUGAAGAAUUACAACAAGCCGUAAAUUUGUGUAUAAAGAAAGCACAAUUGGAAGAUUUUUAUGAUGAAAUAAAAACAAUUACCGAUCGUAAAUAUGUUCGGAGAAAUAGUCGCUUAAAAUCUCUAAAUCCAUUUCUUGAUGAAGAAAGGAUUCUUAGAGUAGGAGGAAGACUACGGCAUGCAAAUAUUAGUGAAGAGAGUAAAUUUCCAAUUAUUUUAGACGCUAAAUCUUCACUCACAGCACUCAUUGUAGCUGAUGCUCACAAAAGAACGCUGCACGGUGGAUUACAAUUAAUGUUGUCAUACUUGAGAACAAAGUACUGGAUUGUAAGGGCAAAAGUUGUAAUAAAAUCUCACAUUUUUAAAUGUUUGAUAUGUGCUAAAAUUAGAGCCAAGGCAAAAGGACAAAUAAUGGGUGAUCUGCCCCCCGAACGAGUUAACCCGUCACGCCCAUUCCUACAAAGUGGUGUAGAUUUUGCCGGGCCAAUCCAAAUACUUAUGUCAAAGGGGAGAGGUAUACGAACAAGUAAAGCUUACAUAGCUAUUUUUAUAUGUAUGUCAAUUAAAGCCAUCCAUCUCGAACUUGUAAGCGAUCUAACUUCAGAUGCUUUUAUUGGGGCUUUUAGACGUUUUGUAUCACGGAGAGGACGUUGCGCUCACCUGUGGAGUGACCAGGGCAGAACUUUCAUAGCAGCGAACAGAGAAUUGUCGGAAGAUUUAAAUGAAGCUAAUUUAAAUUUGAACAAUCAAAUUAAAAACGCUUUGGCUUUGGACGGCACCCAGUGGCACUUCAUUCCACCUUAUAGCCCUAACUUUGGUGGUUUAUGGGAAGCGGGGGUUAAAUCCAUGAAAGGACAUUUGAAGAGAGUCCUGACGAAGAAUUUAACAUAUGAGGAGAUGUCCACACUUUUGUGCCAGAUUGAAGCGUGCCUAAAUUCUCGGCCCUUAACACCAAUUAAUGAAUCUGAGGUGGACAAUAUAAGCCCUUUAACACCAGGCCAUUUUUUGAUCGGUGAAGCUCCUAUUUCUGUCCCAGCGCCAGACUUAUGUGAUGCAAAAAUUAGCCUACAAGCACGUUGGCGAUAUACACAAAAACUCUUAGGCGACUUUUGGUAUCGAUGGCAGCAUGAAUAUCUCACAAGGUUGCAACAAAGACCAAAGUGGCUUAAAAGGGAACGGGAAUUUGCCAUCAAUGAAAUAGUUCUCAUUAAGCAAGAUAAACUGCCUCCUGGAAAGUGGAUGCUGGGUCGCAUACUUGCCAAACAUCCUGGACCAGAUGGAGUCACAAGAGUUUACAGUUUAAAGUGCGGUGAUGGUGUUAUUAAAAGAAGUGUGUUAAAACUGUGUCAUUUGCCUAUUGAUUAUAAUUGA